AUGAAGGCCUUCUCUUUUGCUUGCGUUGCCAGCCUGGCCACUGUCAUGGUCAUGGCUGCGCCAGACCUCUCAACAAGACAGAAUGAUAUUAAAAAGUGCAAGGACGGCAUUCAAGGUCCCUCGGGGGGCUAUGAUAAGCAGGCUGACUGCAAAGCGGAUUGCUAUUUGAAGGAAAACGCCGACGGCGACGACAAGGGCAAUGCGUGCCUUGGCAUCUGCAUAAACGUGGGCCACCCUGCCCCCAUCUUUACGUGCCGCGGCAAAUGGCCUAGCAGCUAA